GAUGUACGAAUGCAGCAGACGUGUACAUGCGGCCGGGGCCAGCGACGUGCUGCGUGUGCAGUACAUUAUGGGGCAUGAGAGUAGCAAACAGUAGGACUCUAGGAGUAGGUUGGUCGUUGGUCCGAAUGGCUCCGGAUUUAAUGCGGAAUUCUGCUCCAUGGAACGCCAAAAACAACGACACCAGCCGCGGCGGCAAGCGCACGCCCACCUGUCCAACCGCGCCUCAGCCAAACCAAACCCAACGCCGCCCGCCCGCCCGCCUUCUCCUCGCAACGCCGCGGCGGCGGCAGCCUGCCUGUCUUUGACUAAGGAGAGGAGGGAUGAGGUGCGUCGUCGCUCGGUGGCCAGCGAAGUGAGUUUCCGAGGGAGGGCUAGAGAGAUCGAUGCGGGGCUCGGCGGCGGCACUGCUGCUCCUGCCGUGGAUGCUGCUGCAUGCGGCAGCCGCGAGCAACGGGAGCUGCGCGCGGAGCUGCGGGAACUUGACGGUGCAGUACCCGUUCGGCUUCUCCCCCGGCUGCGAGAUACCGCUCGGGUGCGACGACCAGGCGAACGGCACCGCGUGGGUCGGCGGCGCGCGCGAGCUGGGCCUGCUGGUGCACAACGUCACGGCGCGCGCCGUCGUGCUCGCCUUGCCCCAGGACUGCUCCCGCGGACUCAACGCCUCCAUCCAGGCGCUCUUCUCGAGGAGCUACGCGCCUGGCUCGCAGAACGCGCUCGUUGUGAGCAAGUGUAGCCCGGCUUCGCCGUCGCAUACCACCAACUGCAGCGACGGCGACAGGUACCUGGACAGGUCGUCCCAGUGCAACACCACCGCCGAGCCCAUCCGCUGCGUCCUGCCACCAGGACCACCAGCGAUCAGCGGCGGUAGCGACCAACGUUUCUUGGACAGAACCGAGAUGCGGGAGCUCGUCUCGGAAUGCGCCAGGCUGGUGUCGGCGGCGAGCUACUGGGACGCGCCGGCGCCGGCGCCGGCGCCGGCGCUGCUUCUGGGCGUGAUGGAACUGGAGUGGUGGGUGGUGGGCGAGACGUGCCGCUGCUCGCGCCACGCUAACUGCAACCGGGUCACCACGCCGAUCGCUGGGCAACAGGCGUUCCGGUGCGAGUGCCCCGAGGGGUACGACGGCGACGGCUUCGCCGACGGCACCGGUUGCCGGAGAGCUCCAAAAUGCAAUCCUUCAAAAUACUUAUCUGGAGAUUGUGGCAAGACGAUCCAAAUCACCCUUCUCGUGGCAGGGAUCAUGUUUGGCGCCAUGGUGAUGGGCCUGACCUGCCUGGCGUACCAAUUUCUGAAGCGCCGGUCCGCGUACAUCCGUACGAAGCGCAGCACGAAGCGGUUCCUGUCCGAGGCCUCCUGCGCGGUGCCCCUGUACUCGUACCGCGAGAUCGAGCGCGCCACCGGCGGCUUCUCCGAGGAGAAGCGGCUGGGCACGGGCGCCUACGGCACCGUGUACGCGGGGCGGCUGAGCGACGACCGCCAGGUGGCCGUGAAGCGGAUCCGGCCGCGCGACAACGGCGGCGGGGUGGACUGCGUGGUGAACGAGGUGAAGCUGCUGUCGUGCGUGUGCCACGGCAACCUGGUCCGCCUCCUGGGCUGCUGCAUCGAGCAGGGGCAGCAGAUCCUGGUGUACGAGUUCAUGCCCAACGGCACCCUGGCGCAGCACCUGCAGCGGGAGCGAGGCGCCGCCGCGAUGCCCUGGACGGUCCGCCUCCGCAUCGCCGCCGAGACGGCCAAGGCCAUCGCGUACCUGCACUCGGAGGUGCACCCGCCCAUCUACCACCGCGACGUCAAGUCCAGCAACAUCCUGCUGGACUACGAGUACAACUCCAAGGUCGCCGACUUCGGGCUGUCGCGGAUGGGCAACAUGGGCAUGGGGGACUCGUCGCACAUCUCCACGGCGCCGCAGGGCACGCCGGGGUACGUGGACCCGCAGUACCACCAGAACUUCCACCUCUCCGACAGGAGCGACGUCUACAGCUUCGGCGUCGUGCUCGUGGAGAUCAUCACCGCCAUGAAGGCCGUCGACUUCGCCAGGGCGCCCAGCGAGGUGAACCUGGCGCAGCUCGCCGUGGACAGGAUCGGCAGGGGCUGCGUCGACGACAUCGUCGACCCGUACCUGGACCCGCACAGGGACGCCUGGACGCUCUCGUCCAUCCACAAGGUGGCCGAGCUGGCGUUCCGGUGCCUGGCGUUCCACAGCGAGAUGAGGCCGUCCAUGACCGAGGUCGCCGACGAGCUGGAGCAGAUACAGCUCAGCGGGUGGGCGCCGUCGGCUGACGACGCCGCGUUCAUGUCGACGUCGUCGUCGAUCUCCUCGUCCGUAGCGUCGACGCGCGGCACGGACAGGUCGUCGUGGGGUGCCGGCAGAAGCCGGACGGAGAGGGCCGCGGUGAAGGCGUCGUUGGUCGUGCAAGAGACGGCGGCGAAGGGUGCAGUGGAGUCCCCUGUGUCCGUGCAGGACAGGUGGUUCAGCGAGAGGAGCUCCCCUUCCUCCAACAGCUUGCUGGGCAAUAAUUGUUCCCUGCACUGAACUGAAACAUCCGACUGCUCAUCUUCUAUGCUCCAAGUUUAAGCUAGCUAGCUUAGGGGCCUCUUUGGGUUGGGGUGACUAACUUUAGUCACUUUUAGUCCAUAAAAUGUCAAAAGGAUGACUAAAAGGUAACUAAACUUUAGUUCAGGAACCAAACAGGGUAUACAUUUAAGAACGAUGCAUCUGUUGAUCUGUUCUUGCGCAUCGUACGUUCCCUCUUCCCUCCCGUUAAUCUGGGAGUAUCUGUACAUGAAAUUCAGUCUUGGGCGGUUGGGCCUGGCUAAGAACAGAGCCAAGGCAGCAAUUGGUUGAGGGUGUAGAUAUACAUACAGGCCACCUAAGUUCAAAGUCUUCUGCAUCGAUUCGAAUUUUGAUAUUUAGGCCUUGUUCA